UCCAUACGGGGCAUGUGAAGAAAGUGCAGAGUGUGCUUAUGUUUGAGUGGCCCUUUCUUGCUGGAAACAUCCUACAUGUCCAGGUGAUACAUAACAAGAUCCCUGGGGGAAAUGGUACUUUAGCAGGUGAACUGUUUGGUCCUUUAAUAGUUUGUUUAUUUGACUGAAUCCUUACUGUUGCUUUUAAUGAAGAUCUGAAAAUGAUGCAGCGAAUCCUUCUAGAGGAAGGCAAGUUUAUAUGGAGGAAAACCUUAUGCAGAAAAUCAGUUUUUCAUUCUUCCCUGAAUAAACCAUUUCCACCUAAUGUUCUCCAAUCAAGUGUCUUUGCCACCAGCUGCAUUAUCGGCGCCAAAGCAAGAAGUCUUCGAAAAAAUAGAGAAUAUUCAGAAAAAAAGCUGACCCGAUAUUUUGUGGACUAUCGUCGAAUAAGUUUUGUAGGAGGACAUGGUGGAAAAGGAGCAUGCUGUUUUCAUAGCGAACCCCGGAAAGAGUUUGGGGGCCCUGAUGGAGGAAAUGGAGGUGAUGGAGGAAGCAUAAUUAUAAAAGUUCAUCAGCAGGUGAAAUCCCUCUCAAUGGUUGCAUCUCGUUACCGUGGUGUAGACGGUGAACCCGGAGGAAGCAAAAACUGCACAGGACGGAAUGGGAAAACAAUGUACAUAAAAGUUCCUAUGGGCACUGUCGUGAAGGAGGAUGGAACACAAGUGGCUGACUUGUCCAGAAAUGGCCAAGAGUAUGUAGCUGCCUUUGGGGGAUUAGGUGGUAAAGGAAAUCGGUUCUUCCUCUCAAAUGAGACCCGAGCACCGUUGACUGCAACCAGUGGUGAACCUGGACAAGAGAGAAUAUUACAACUGGAAUUACGGAUUUUAGCACAUGCUGGAAUGGUUGGGUUUCCCAAUGCUGGCAAAUCUUCUCUGUUACGUGCAAUUUCUGAAGCUAAACCAGCUGUAGCUGCAUACCCUUUCACAACAUUAAAUCCUCAUGUUGGGGUUGUUCAAUAUCGGGAUCAUGAACAAGUUGCUGUGGCUGAUAUCCCUGGCAUUAUCCGAGGAGCACAUGAAAACCGAGGACUGGGUCUGUCCUUUCUGAGACACAUUGAACGCUGCCGUUUCUUGCUUUUUGUUAUAGACCUGUCUGUACAGAACCCAUUUGCCCAACUGGAGGACUUAAAAUUUGAGCUGGAACAGUAUGAGAAAGGAUUAUCCAACCGGCCACAUGCUAUUGUUGGAAAUAAAAUAGACCUCCCAAAUGCCCCAGCCAAUUUGGAAGUCCUGAGGCAAAAGGUGUCUCAUCGUGUUAUCCCAGUAUCAGCCCUGACAGGCCAAAAUGUGGAGGAGCUCAUGCUCCACCUAAGAGAACUUUAUGAUGGCUACAUACAGAUGGAAGACAUGGCAGGAAGGCAAACUGACAGAUGGUGAAGAAUGUGCACCUUGUGUGAUAUGUGAACUCUUUAAAACUUGGAUAUGUUUCCUGUCCUGCGUUGAACGUGUCUAAAUAGUAAUGCUGCUGUGUGUGAUGUUAAAGGUAUCACACCUAUUACAAGGAGUGAAUGAAAUGAACUAUUUCAUGAAAAUAAAAUUGGUUGUGGGGAGAGGUUUCGAAUUUGUUUGAAUGGUGAAAGAUUAUAAAGACAGUUUCUGGCACAGCAAAUUUCAUAACACUUGAUGAAAGAUAUCAAAGCAUACAAUAUUUACGUUAUUGAUGAAAAGGAAAAUCAUUCAGAACAUAUUUACCUUUUGACUUGAAACUACACAUGCCUAUGAACAUUAAGAAGAGGACUUUAUACCACUAAUGAAGCCUGGAGAAAAAAAAUAUCUUUUGUGUAACGAAGAAAGCAUUUAACUGCAAAAAAAAAAAAA